AUGCAUUCCGCGCCAGAUUGCAACCAGCUGUUAACAUCCGACGAGAUGUCUGGCACGUUCACCAUCCCCGCCGGCAGCUACCUAGUCUGGACGUGGCUCACCUGCCAAGUGGUGCAGAACAACCUCGUCAACCCCUCCGUAGCUAUCGAAUACAGCUAUGAUAUCAACAAUUGGGCCGGGGUCGUCUCGAACCUGGCUUAUAACUGCCAGGCCGCCGAGAACGCGAUGGGGGGGAGCUGCCAUUUUGCUGACAGCACGGCCAUAUCUGUUAUCCAGGUUCAACUGGCUCCCGCGAGCAGCUGA